AUGAACACAACUAAACAUAUAAAUGAUAAAUCUAAUAUUAUUUCUGAUCAUGAUACUUCAGAAAGAAAAGAAGAAAGAAGUAAUACAUCUUUACAAUUAGCUCAACCAACAUUCUUUUCAACGAUAAAAGAAUAUAUUUAUUCCUUAUAUUUAUCAUAUAUAAGCCCGUAUAUUAUAAGACUUCCAUUUAUAGCAGUAAAUGGUUCAGAUAUGGAAUGCAUGAGUACAAAUGUGUUGGAUUAUCAUAUCAGUUCUAAUGAUGUUGAAGUUGCACACUCUGCUCCAACCUCAUCACCAUCACUUUUGGCAAAUGGACUCUUUCGUCGACCCGGUACUUUUUCCAAAACAAAUUUUGGUGAUACAAUUAUUCAACCAAUUAAGGCACGUUCUAGAAGUGAAUCUGAAGGAUUAAACAAGUACGGUUUAAUCAGAUUGUCCCAAAAUAAUUUCCUUGAUGAAAUUGAAGUUAAAAAAUCAUGUCUUCAUUUUCCAUACAAAAGUAUAGAUAAUUGUGAUUGCAAUGAUGAAAGUGAUAGUGCUGCAAGUUCUGGAAUUAGUUCUUCCGAAGAACAAUCAUUAUCUGAUUUUGACUAUGGUACUCCACCUGAUUUUAAUCAUACUAUUACAGAAAAUGAAAUAAUUUCAAAAUUAAAAGAACUAGACAAUAAUUCAAGUUCAUCAUCAAUAGCUACAAUCUUAGCACAAAAUAGUAACACAACUUGCUCUUCACCAUUACCAUCUCAAGAAGUUCCACCUACAAGCGAUAAGAAAUGUGUUAAAUUUGCUGAUGAAAUGGGAAAAGAGUUAUAUACAAUACGAGUUAUGAAAGAACCAUCAGAUUAUCCUCCUCGCUUAUCACCAUCAAUUUUAAGACGUUACAGAAACAAUAAUGAUGAUUCUGAUGAAUUUUAUGAUUCUGACAAUUCUGACAAUGAAAAAAAUAAAGCUUCUUGGACAUUAGAUUUUAAACAACCUGCUAGUGAAUAUGUUAAAUUUCGUGAAUCACUAGAUACUAACAAAGUUGCCUUAGAGAAUGUGGUGCUUAAAAAUAACUGUCACAAAAUGACAGGUACAAUUAAAGUCGUAAACUUGUCAUAUGAAAAAAAGGUAUUCCUUCGUCUAACGACAGAUAAAUGGAAAACAUAUACUGAUAUUUAUGGGAAAUAUCAACCUUCAAAUUCAAAAAUUUAUGAUACAUUUUGUUUUGAAACAGAAAUUCCAAAAGAUGAAAAAAAAGAUGAUACUAUUGAAUUUUGUAUUUGUUACGAGACUGAUAAUCAACAAUUUUGGGACUCUAAUAAUGGAAAUAAUUACCAUUUAGUUACUGAAGAAAAAAUACCAAUACAAUAUUGA